AAGGUGAAAGCGGAAGUAAGAACUUUGCGUGCCUCAUGGAACCGCUCCUACAGCACCUGGAGCGUUUUUCCGAGGUUCUAGCGGUCUCGAGCACUACCCAUGUCAGCACCUGGGACCCUGCCACCGUGCGUAGGGCCCUGCAGUGGUCUCGCUACCUGCGCCACAUCUACCGGCGCUUUGGUCGCCAUGGCCGCAUCCGCCUGGCUCUGGAGCGGCGGCUGCACAACCAGUGGAGGCAGGAGGGCGGCUUUGGGUCCAGUCCGGUCCCGGGAUUGACGAAUUUCCAGGCCCUCGGGCACUGUGACAUCCUGCUGUCUCUGCGCUUGCUGGAGAACCGAGACCUCGGGGAUGCAGCUCGUCACCACCUGCUGCAGCAGCUCUUUCCGGGCCCGGGCGUCCCGGACGCCGAGGAGGAGCCGCUCCAAGACCGUCUGGCCUGCCUCGCCCGCCGCCGGUCCGCGGUCCACCUGCUGCGCUUCUAUGGAUAUAAAGAGAAUCUGAAUCUUCCGGAGGACUCACUGCUGAAGACCCAGGCAGAGAUGCUGCUGGAGCGUCUGCAGGAGGUGGGGAAGGCCGAAGCGGAGGGUCCCAGCAUGUUUCUCAGCAGCUUGUGGGAGCGCUGGCCUCAGAACAACUUCCUGAAGGUGAUAGCGGCGGCGCUGUUGCAGCCGCCUAUGUCUCCCAGACCCCAAGAAGAGGAGUUGGAAUUGGGCAGCCCCAAAACACCUGGAGAGGGGGAUCAAGAGCUAGUCCAUUGGCUUCUGGGGAAGUCGGAAGUCAUGGCUGUCUUUUGCCGUCACCUCCCAGCUGGGCUUUUAGCUGUGGUGGCAAGCCGCCACGGAGCGCUUUCUCGUGUCUAUCUAGGUCUGCUAACAGACUGGGGUCGACAUCUGCACUAUGACCUUCAGAAAGGCAUUUGGGUUGGAGCUGAGUCCCAAGAUGUGACCUGGGAGGAGUUGUACGAUAGGUUUCAAAGCCUCUGUCAGGCCCCUCCUCCUCUGAAAGAUGAAGUUGUAACAGUCCUAAAGUCCUGUAAGGCGCAGGAUGGAGAUUUCGAAGUCCCUGGUCUUAGCAUCUGGACGGACCUGUUGUUAGCUCUUCGAACUGUUGCGUGAUAUUGCAUUUAGGAAAAGACAAGUUUUAGGCCUCAGCCCUGACCCCAGUUCUCUAUGAGCAACGCUCUGUUAUUAAUUGCUUGAAUAUAUAGUUUACAGAAUGCAAAUUCCAGUAUUGUUACCAAA